AUGAAUACAAAUAUCAAAAGUGGUUACAAUAAUGGGGCCUUGAAAGUUUAUGGACAAAAAGAAGAACGUCAUAUCAAAAAUCUAUUAGUGUUCGAAAUAUAUUUGGUUCGACCAUUAAAAUGA